AUGAACUCCUUUUUUAAGGAGGGAGUAAUGGUAGCCAAGAAGGAUGUCCACAUGCCAAAGCACCCCAAGCUGGCAGACAAGAAUGUGCCCAAUCUCCAUGUCAUGAAGGCCAUGCAGUCUCUAAAGUCUUGUGGCUAUGUUAAGGAGCAGUUCCCAUGGAGGCAUUUCUACUGGUACCUCACCAAUGAGGGCACUCAGUACCUCCGGGACUACCUUCACCUGCUCCCUAGGAUUGUGCCUGCCACACUCCGCAGAAGUCAUGCUGAGACAGGAAGGCCAAGGCCCAAAGGUCUGGAGAGCAAGCGACCUGCCCGGCUGACUUGGGGUGAAGCUGACAGAGGCACAUACAGACGAAGUGCUGCUCCCCCAGGUGCUGACAAGAAGGCUGAGGCUGGGGCUUGGUCAGCAACAGAAUUCUAG